CUUAAGUAUACCCCCCUAAAAAACUGUACCUAUCAGUUUGAACUAAAACUAAGGUCGAGUAUUGAAUGUGGUACUCGUUUCAGUAAACUUUGGGAUGAAUGAAGCCUCUUUUCGAGAAUAAUAGAGCUAGCUUUAAACAGUUCUGCAUUGAUAAGAUGGCUUAACAUGGCCAAGGUUUAGAGCUUCCUGUCAUGAUAGACAGUAGCUCAGAACUCGGUGGAGGCAAAGAGUGAAAUUACUUUGAAAAGAUGAAGCACAAUUUCAUUGAAAACGUUGCUGGCUUGUUGAUCUUCUUCAUAUCGGUGGCAACAUCUCAACCAAUGGAACUCACACCUGCAAACGUUAAUGUCAUUUACGGUAUUGAAGAAGCGCCUCUUGAGUUUGUUUUGCAAAAUGUCAGCGAAUGGUGUAAUCUCUCGAAAGUUGGCCAAACGAACCUUGCUUGCACUGGACAAACUCCGGGAGGUCCCACAAUGUGUCGUGACUUCAACGUUUUAGUAGAAAUUGAUCCGGGCCUCACAAGGUGCAAGGUCCGCUAUCCAAAUCUGGACGAAGCUGAUCAAGGGCUAUGGAAAAUUCAAGUAUUUUCUACGUACUCCAAACCUGUCUAUAUUCGAUUAUACGUGUUGGAACGCCAAUUUGCCCAAAUAGCGAGACCAACAAUCCCAUCCGAAGAUUGCCAAUUGCCAAAUUUGGGCUUUUAUAGAGGGGAUAUGAAAUCCGGUGGAGUUGUGGCUUGUGAUGAUAAAAAUGUUUCCAGUUGCCAGAAAGCAUGUUUCCUUGACAAUUGCUUGGCCUGGGCCACACCCACAGUGAAGAAAUCAACUACUCUGUUUUGUUGCUACCUUAAAAAGAGCAUUGACUUGGUGUAUUUAUCUGAAGAGCGUCACUCUGGAUUUAGCCAAUGCCCCUCGUGCAUUAAAGAUCACACCACGAUUCAGGAACCAUUGAGAUCUGUUACCGUUUCCAACUAUCCCACGUGUAAAAUGAAGUGUUUGACAACCAAUGGGUGCACUCAAUUCGCUUACGUUGUGCCAGAGGUACCCAAAAUUGUUCAUUGGAGCAAUGAAGUCCCUACAACUUGUGUUUUGGGUGGGGCCCAAUCCCAUCGGAGUCCGGCUCAAAUCAGAACCUUGUGGCAACCCAAAGAAUGCCCUAAUGGCGAAUGGAGCGAAUGGUCAGAUUUUUCUGAGUGUUCGCGGAAUUGCUCGGGUCAACAAUUUCGACAUCGCACUUGCACUUUAAAGGAUCUUUCUGGACUAGAUUGUGAGGGGCCAUGGAGAGAACAACAAGGUUGUGGGAUCUGGAGCGACCAAGAGUGCGCUGCCAUAAGCGAUUCAGCUCAACAGGACUUCCGUGAAGAGCCGGACCAAACUUCGUACAUUGGACUUGGGGUGUUCGGAGCCUUAUCGGUGAUUGCCCUGGUACUCGUCAUCGUGGUUUUUGGUCUUUGGUACAAGAACCGACGAAGAACUAAGCCUAGGCAACAAAACCUGCAACUUUUGGCGACAAAUAGGUCCAAGAAACCGGCGGCAAAAUCCAAUCCAAUCCCGGUUUCGGACUUCCGAUCUCGGGUCCGGAAUGGUUUGAAUCCGUACAA